AUGGCGUCAAAUAAUACUGGUUCGUAUCAAACUUCCAUUACAAAAACAACGAAUUUUUCUGCUUUCGACAAUCCGCAUCAAGCUCGUAUAAACAAUCAAAAACCAAAGAGAAAAACACCCGAAUGGAUUAUGAAAUUAUUACCGUGUCUGUAUGGUCUGAUAAUAGGGACACUUGCAAUGGGAAUAGUUUUAGCGGUUAUACUAACAAUUUGGUUAACAAGAAGUAACAGUGUAUCAUCUACAACUAAUUCUUAA